AUGGGGGAAAAUUACGUCCACCUGCGAUUUACGAGGUCUGUUGGGAAAGAGUCCUCCCGAGCCCACACCAUCAGUGAGCAGGAGCAGAGAAUGAAGAGGUUGGAGAAGCUCAAAAGGGACCUUGAAAGAAUGAAGAACGAGAGAGAUGAACUCCGGGGAAUCCUGGCACAUUAUAUUAACAAGGAUUUGAACAAGAGGUUCAACUUUGAGACCACGAUGCUGGAGAUGCAACACGACCAGGUGAUGAGCGAGCUCAAAAACAUUCCGCAGCAGAUCAGUGAGGCCUUGUAUAUGUGCCAGGAGUUGACUAAAAAUAAUCAACUUUACAGCAUCAGGAACUGUCACCUCCUGACCGAGUCUCUUCAUAUGAAGAGUGAAGUAAAAAUGCUCUGGAAUGAAAACAGGCAGCUGCUUAAGGAGCAGAUUACACUGGACGUGUGUUCUAAGGAAACAAGGAGGCUAUGUGUGGAGGCCAGCAUGAAGAUCUAUGACAAAUUUUCCAAGAAAAUAAAAGACUGUGGUACAUGGAGGUGA